AUGGACGCCGCCACGCCGGACGAGUUUUACAACAACCCGUUCGUGGCACCGGCGGGGGCCGGGAGGGCCAGGGACGCCGGCGGCGCCCCCAGGAAGGUGGCCAAGCACUGCGGACGGGGUGGACGCGCGGGCAGGGAGGCCACGGCAGAGUCGCGGCGAGCACAAGAUGAGCGUGUUGGUACAAGCGAGCCCAGUUCAUGCAGCGACAGGAGCACGUUGAUGCAGGAAGGAGCGGAUGUGGAUGCGUUAAGGCAGCAGGUCAACGACCUGGGCAAACAACUGUGGCAGAUGCACAAAGAACAUGAGGAAGAGAAGUCAAAGAUGAGGGAUGACUUCGAGGCAAAGUUGAAGGAAGUGCAGGAGGACAAUGAGGCCAAGAUCGGCAAGUUGAGGGCACAGUUGCGAGAGAAGGACAACAGGUUAAAGGAGGGUAUCCGGAGGUCGGAUCAGUUGGAGUGGGAGGUGGAGGAGCUGCAGCUGAGAAUGCAGAAUGCGUUCGGUGGACGGCAGCCAUAUGGGGAGCCGCCAACCAGUGCAAGAUUGGGUCUGGGCCAGAAAUUAAUGGGCAGGGAAAGGAUAAAUGGGCAUGGAGGAUUCGGUCGAACGCAGACUGAACAUUUGGAGGAACAAAGGGCUGGAGAGAGGUCUGUGCCAAACCGCUGCUACACGAUGCCUGAGGAGUCAGCGGGCAACUUCCCACAGGCUGCCAUGCUCAAUUCUUGCACCGAAACAGAACCCCACCUGCCUCCCAAACAUUUACAGCAGUUCAGCCCACUAACGAUGAGGCGGCGACUGUGGAGCAGCUCACGGGGACUCGAGUGA